AUGCCGCCAAACCUGAACAAAGCCAUAGAUCUCAUCGAUGCCGCCCACAGAGAAGACCCAAACAGACUUCAUGCCAAUGGAGAGUCAAUUCCCUACGAGCUACACUAUGCGCAGAAAAUGUCCAAGUACCUCAACCUCCACACUCCCAACGCCGAUCCUCUUCUCGUGACUGCCGCUCGAGCCCAGCAUUUCCGCCGUUGGGAGGUUCCGCGCGAUUCAUAUCCCAAGACUAAAGCUGGCUACUUUGUAUGGCGGACUUUGCUGAAGAAAAGACAGGCGGAACAAGUCAGACAGCUGUGUCUGGAUUGUGGCUACAGCGUAGAAGAGGCGGAUAAAGUGGCGGCGUUAAUCGCCAAAGAAGACCUGAAGAAGGGUGAAGGGAAAGGCGAUCCCGACGCGCAGGUCAUCGAGGAUGUCGCUUGUCUUGUCUUCUUGGAUGACCAAUUUGACGAGUUCGAGAAGGCUCACGAUGAAGACAAGAUUGUCAGUAUCCUGCAGAAGACGUGGGUCAAGAUGGGCAAACGCGGCCAGGAGCUCGCUUUACAGAUGGAUCUGAGUGAUCGAGCCAAGGAGUUGGUUGGAAAGGCUUUGGCUGGUUGA